CACACGCCUCCUCGGGGUCUCCAAGAUGGACGACGAACGGCUCAUUUUCGAAGUGGAGAACCGAACCGUUUUAUAUGACACAGCGCACCCUUUGUAUAAAGACAACAGUCAGAAGGAAAGGGAAUGGGUGAAGAUAGCGGAUGUUUUGGGAACAAGCACUGAAAAAUGCAAGAGCCGAUGGAGGAAUCUCCGCGACGUGUUUGUCAAAAAAAACAGGAGCGUUCAACCCCCACGUGGAUCCGCCAAGGUGGCCCAAAAGGAGUGGAAGUUCCAGGGCAUCAUGUCCUUUUUGCUGCCGUACGUGCAGCCAAGGCCCUCAAACGGCAGCCUUUGUCCCAAACCUACAGAAGAUUUAGACCGCGAGGGAACCGACGCGGAGGAGCGACCCAGCGGCACGUCGACGCCGUCGACCUCGACGGAGGCCGAAGUGAUGUCGCCCAGCCCCGCGGCGCCCCCUGCAAAAAAAACAGCCAAAAAACGGAAAGGCGCGGUCACGCCGGUGGAGGAGCGCAUACUGUCCAUCCUGGAAAACUUAACCUCGACAAACACAGACGACGAGUCCUACUACUUUGCGCUCAGCACGGUGCCCAUGCUGUCAAAAUUAAGUUGCCACAAAAAGCGCCGCGCCAAGAGGGCCAUCUUGCAAAUUUUAGAAGAGCUCAUGGACGAGCCGGACGCACAACAGACAGACGGCCCGGCGUCGACGUGGGGACACAACUACCCGGCCCAUUUAAGUUCCCCAACGUCCCCCGUUAUAAAAGUGGAGGACUUUCACAGCAGCUGAGACAUGGCCAGACACGGUCUUGUGAGCGAGUUUGCCCUGAAAGCAGACCGCGAGACGCAAGAAGAGGUCUCCAAACACCCUAAAAUGUCAUCGUGGGACCUACAGCUGACUCUGCCAACCGUUGAGAUGAAAGUACAGCGAGGAAGAGGCAGCGCAAGGGGAACUUCCAGGGGAG